GACUGCCUCGGACUUACUCUUUCAAUCGAUGCCGUGAUCUUCGAGCUCGUAUGUGUGAGAUACGAGGAGUUCUACAAACCUAAUAUCAACAGCCUUGUCUUAGGUGACCAUGAGCUCGUGUCCAAAAUAGUAACCAUCCGCCAAGCCGCCUAUUUAAGCAUAGCUGAUGCCUCCAGCUCCAAUAGGCCGGCGUUGCCGAAGUGGCUGCUUCCACCCACCAGGGAUGCAAAUAAGCAUCCACAUCGAUACUAAUUAUAUAUCAAUUCUUCUAGGGAUUAUAUUGUUAUAUAUGGCUUUUCAAAAUGACGUUGUGAUAUUUUCCGAUGUGUCGGAGAAGUAUUGGACCAUGACUCGUUCGCCACAUGCUCGUUUCCUCACCUCUCAGGAAUGAUCAUCUCUCCACAUACCUCGAGUCCCCUUGCUCGGAUCUAGCCAGG